UGCUUGGGCGCAUGGACUUGCGAAGCUAUAAAUUGAUCCGCGGCCAUUCGCUUUGCCCACAGAGUCCGGAGAGCGAGAACCAUGAAGAUCAAGAAGAGGAUCGUGAGCGUUCCUCCGGCGCCGCCGGCUGAGAUCGCCUCCCACCCCAUACAUCCGGGGCACAAGCUGCUGCUUGUCACCACCGACGACGUGGAGUUCGUGUGCGACGGCUGCAAGGAGGCCGGCGCCGGCUGGAGGUACACCUGCGAGCACGACGGCGAGCGGCAGAGCCGCGACUGCAACUUCGACCUCCACAUCGGCUGCGCGCUCGCGCCGGACGUGUUGGAGAUCCCUCUGUUGUUCGAGGGGUGCGCGCUCGUGCUCCUCCACGAGCCCCCGCCUCCCUCCGACCGCAGGGCCUGCGACGCGUGCGGCGACGACGUGCGCGGCCUCGUGUACCACUGCUUCGACCGCGACCUCGACCUCCACCCGUCCUGCGCGCGCCUGCCUCAGAGCGUCGACCUCGACGGCCUCACCUUCGAGCUCUGCCGCGAGCACGUGCCGAGCCGGAGCUGCGUCCUCUGCACCGGCAAGGGACGCCUCUGCCCGCGCAAGCUCUUGUCGUAUCGCUCUGAGUGGGACGGCGAGGCCGUUUACCUGCACGUAGCCUGCGUGAAGGAGAUGGCUUACAAGAUCCUCAAGUCCGGCCACGGCAGCCAUGACGGCGAUGGGAAGAUGGCCGUGCAGGCGAAUAAAGCCCCGUCUUUGAAGGUGGCUCUGGCGCUGAAGAAGGCUCAGACUAGCACCAAGCGCUUCAAACGUUUCCUCAAGAUUGUCGGAUUCUUCGCGCGCGUCGUCAUCGGCGUGAUCUUUGGGGACCCGACGGCGAUGAUCGCUGCGGUCGUGCAGGUUGUCUUCUCCGGCGGAUAGCGAGCGGGUUGUUGUUCUGUGGAUGUGUCACCCAUUAGUGUCUUUGGAUGUUUUGUAGUACUACCUGUCAUGUCGGAUUGUAAGAUCAAUAAUUUUGGGUGGAUUUAGGUGUUUGGUUUGUUUUACUCUCAUUACCCAUGUCUUCGCUCGACUGUUCAAGCUCAGUUCAUGGAGAGAGAAAAUGUACUGGAAAUUAUACACCUAGUUCAAAAAACCCGACCGAA